AUGGCCAUCAUCCGCCACGCCGCCGCGCCCCUGCGUGCGGCCCGCUGCGUCCGCCAGCCCGCCUCCGCCAGAGCCUUCUCCGUGACCGCCCGCCGACGGGGCGGCCACGGCGAGUCGCAAUUCGAGCCCCCCUCCGGAUGGCUCUGGGGCAUCAAGCCCGGCGAGAAGGCUGAGCCCGAGGGUUGGGAGUGGCCCAUGUACUUCUUCUUCGGCAGCCUCGCCGCCACCGGCCUCGCCCUUGCCUUCAAGCCCGACACGACUGUCUCGACCUGGGCUCUCGAGGAGGCGCGAAGGAGGUUAGAGCAGGAGGGCAUUCUGCCCGACCCUACGAAGCAGGAGAAGAAGGAUUGA